ACGACCCUCCCGUUGUGCUGUGCCUCCGUCUGUGCGGUUUUAGAGCUACGGUCGGUCCUCACUUCAGUGUUUAUUUAGUUGUCAUGGCGGAGGGACGUGGAGAGCUAUUGCCUCAGCCGCUGCUUCACCUCUCCUUACCCCCGGCCAGUAAGCGUCCGUGUUUGCGUCCCGCUCCUCGAGGUCCGGGUCCGGGGCCUGGUCCGGGAUUUCCGAACCCUCGUUUUCGUUGCCCGGAAUCUCUACUGGACUGCGCUGCCAAGGCCGUAGCGGAAAAAUGGGCCUUCGAGAGGGUGGAGGAGCGCUUCGAGCGGAUCCCCGAACCCGUUCAACGUCGUAUCGUUUAUUGGUCAUUCCCGAGGAACGAAAGGGAAAUAUGUAUGUAUUCGUCGUUUCAGUGCCGAGUGGCAGGUGAUGAUGGACCUGUAGUGGGCUCGAGCUCGUCCGUUGGAUCUGCUUCAGUUCCCGGAGGUGUUACGAACACAACCAGCAGUGCAGGGACGGGAGGCAACGGAGAUGGACUGCCUUUCCGCCGGGGAAUCCGGCUUUUGGAAACCGGUUGUGUGGACAAUGUCUUACAAGUCGGUUUUCACCUUAGUGGAACAGUCACAGAGCCAGCCAUGCAAUCCGAGCCAGAGACGACACACAAGGUGGCCAUUAGCUUUGACCGCUGUAAGAUAACUUCAGUGACAUGUGGCUGUGGCAACCGCGACAUCUUCUAUUGUGCACAUGUGGUGGCCCUGUCUUUAUACCGCAUCCGCAAACCCGAGCAAGUGAAACUGCGGCUGCCCAUCUCAGAGACACUUUUUCAGAUGAACCGAGACCAGCUGCAAAAGCUGGUGCAGUACCUUAUCACGGCCCACCACACGGAAGUACUACCCACUGCCCAGAAACUUGCUGAUGAAAUCCUGUCUUCCAACUCUGAGAUCAACCAAGUACAUGGGGCCCCGGAUCCCACAGCAGGGGCCAGUAUUGAUGAUGAGAACUGCUGGCACCUGGAUGAGGAGCAAGUGAGGGAGCAGGUUAAGCAGUUCCUCUCUCAGGGAGGAUACUAUGGCUCAGGCAAGCAGCUCAACUCCAUGUUUGCCAAGGUGAGGGAGAUGCUGCGGAUGCGGGACUCUAAUGGGGCACGGAUGCUCACUCUCAUCACAGAGCAGUUUAUGGCUGACCCACGGCUGUCUCUAUGGCGACAACAGGGCACAGGCAUGACCGACAAAUGUAGACAACUCUGGGAUGAGCUAGGUGCGCUGUGGGUGUGUAUCGUGCUGAACCCGCACUGUAAGAGCGAAGAAAAGAGCGGCUGGUUGAGACAGUUGAAGAAGUGGGGAGACAUGGACAUCUGUCCUCUAGAGGACGGCAAUUACGGCAGCGAGCUGCCCAACAUUACCAACGCCCUGCCGCAGAGCAACCUUGCUCAGGACUCACUGGCCCGGCCUAGGAGAACAGUGUUCACGAGAGCCAUGGAGGCCUGCGACCUGCACUGGCAAGAUAGUCACUUGCAGAGAAUUAUUAGUAGUGACUUCUAUAUGUCUCCAGCCUAUCAGAGAGAGGGAGAGAGCCUGCUCUUCAACCCCCAGGGUCUGCCACUGUGGCUGGAUCACGUGCCUACAGCAUGCGCCAGGGUGGAUGCCCUGCGUUCCCAUGGUUACCCCCGAGAAGCCUUGCGACUGGCUGUUUCCAUAAUCAACACCCUCCGGCUCCAACAACAACGACAGUUAGACAUUUACAAGCAUCAGAAGAAAGAUCUGCUGCAGAGGGGAAUGACCAACACCACCAAUCUGGAGGGCUGGGUGGGUCACCCUCUCGACCCCAUUGGCUGCCUUUUCACCACCCUCACGGAGACGUGUCGAGUGGAGGAUGACAAUACCAUGGAUACUGGAGACUCAGGUGAGCCCAAGACUCCAGUGUACCAGCAUGUGCCAGUGUGGGGAUGUCCAGACGGAGGGGAGUCAUACCUGGCGCUGGCACUAGAGGUUGCGCUAAUGGGCAUGGGGCAGCAGCGGCUGAUGCCUGAGGGCCUCUACGCCCAGGACAAGGUGUGCCGCAAUGAGGAGCAGAUCGUGGUCAAGCUGCAGGAGAUGGAGCUGGAUGAUAUAUUAGUGCAGACACUCCGCAAGCAAGCUAUACUCCUUUUAGAAGGUGGCCCCUUCAGUGGUCUGGGUGAGAUAAUUCACAGGGAGAGCGUUCCCAUGCAUACGUUUGCAAAGUACCUGUUCACUGCUCUCCUACCACACAACACAGACCUGGCAUACAAACUGGGACUUCGUGCAAUGAGACUUCCAGUGCUGGAGUCCACCGCUCCCUCUGGUGACAUUGGGCACCCUCACCAUGGCAUCUCCAUAGUGCCUAGCAGAUACCCACGCUGGUUCACACUGGGUCACCUGGAGUCUCAGCAAUGCGAGCUGGCUUCCACUAUGCUUACUGCUGCUAAGGCUAAGAGAAGUCUGUGUUCUGGCUUAGGCGACAUGUUGAGAUUGCGGACUGUUUUGGAAGCCAUUCAGAAGCACAUUCACUCUUCUUCCCUCAUAUUCAAACUGGCCCAGGAUGCCUUCAAGAUCGCCACUCCAGCAGAUAACCCUCCUGAUAUCACACUGCUCAAUGUAGCAUUGGAGCUCGGCCUUCAGGUGAUGAGAAUGACCCUUUCCACACUCAACUGGAGGCGGAGAGAGAUGGUUCGCUGGCUAGUCACAUGUGCUACUGAAGUUGGUCUAAGAGCAUUGGUCAGCAUCUUACAGAGCUGGUACACACUCUUCACCCCCACUGAAGCCACCAGUAUAGUGGCAGCCACAGUGAUGUCCCACAACACCAUCCUGCGCCUGAGUCUCGACUACUCGCAGCGGGAGGAGCUCGCCAGCUGUGCGCGCACUCUGGCCCUGCAGUGUGCCAUGAAAGACCCCCAAAACUGUGCCCUGUCUGCCCUCACCCUCUGCGAGAAGGACCACAUCGCCUUCGAGACGGCCUAUCAGAUUGUUAUUGAUGCCGCCUCCACAGGCAUGACCUACUCUCAGCUCUUCACCAUCGCCCGUUACAUGGAGCACCGCGGGUACCCCCUUCGAGCCUUUAAACUGGCAUCUCUCGCCAUGACCCACUUGAACCUGGCCUACAACCAAGACACACAUCCGGCCAUCAACGACGUGCUGUGGGCUUGCGCUCUCAGCCACUCCCUGGGUAAAAACGAGCUGGCCGCCAUCAUCCCCUUGGUAGUCAAGAGCGUUCAUUGUGCCACCGUACUCUCUGACAUUCUGCGCCGCUGUACCAUGACGGCCCCCGGUCUGGCUGGCAUACCUGGCAGGCGAAACUCGGGCAAGCUUAUGAGCACUGACAAAGCACCGUUGAGACAGCUACUGGAUGCCACUAUUAGCGCCUACAUCAACACCACCCACUCCCGCCUCACGCACAUCAGUCCACGUCACUACGGAGAGUUCAUAGAGUUCCUCAGUAAGGCACGAGAGACCUUCCUAUUGGCCCAAGAUGGCCACAUUCAGUUUGCCCAGUUUAUAGACAACCUCAAACAGAUCUAUAAGGGCAAGAAGAAACUCAUGAUGUUGGUACGGGAACGUUUUGGUUGAACCUCAACUGACAAUAACAGGAGACUUAUUCUUCUUUCAUUCUUCAUUUAUUUAAGGCAUUAUUUUAUUCGUUUUUGUCAUCUUUGGUGAAUUUUAUAUUUUACUAGUUUUGUCCCUUUUUUUUCCCUUUAUUUUUUAUCGUGAACGAUCCUUGUUCACUAAAUUAUUCUACCAGGUUGAACCUGUGGAGGGGGAGAACAAGUGUAAUUAUGAUAAUUUUUUUGUUUUGGCUUAUUUUUUAUUUUGUUUAAUUGAGAUAUUGUGAUAAAAAUAUAAAAGUGGCACAUAAAGAGAAACCAAAUGAUUUAGUGGUAAAUCUGAGCUAGGGCUACCCUCAUGGGUGACGGUUAGUUGGAAGAGGCUUAAAAACACUCAAAUGGUCAUUCCUGAAACACUCGGACAAUGUGUUAUUGUCAUACCUCGAUCAUAUUUUAUGGAUCAAAUUUAACUCUCUGGAAAAGGCCUGAUUUUGAGAGUGAACCAUGGAGGGGUGUAAUGGCCGAGAUUCUGAUGGGCACAUAACCUGAAACAAACUGUUACUCUGCCGAACCUCCAAACCAAAACUCAAGCAAGCCACAAGACAUGAGCCCUCCCCUCUUUCCUGUGUAUGUUACUAUCAGCUCAUCUUAUAUCUCCUCGCUAAAAUUCAGUGCGAGAACUUUUGAGGAAGAUGAAGACAUUGACAAAAAAAGAGAAUACCUGUGUGCUAAAUCCUUCUAUAUUUGAUUGUGAAGGGCACACCUGAGAAUGCUAUUUCCUAAAUGUCCUGAAUUUGAACCAAACAGAGAUAUUUACCGACCAGAGUAUAACAUAAUCAGCCAUGUAUAUUUCUCUGUUACCUCCCAGUGAAAAAACAAAACAGAAACAAAAAGACGUGUGAGAUUGAGUAGCAGUAAUAAUAUUUAUGUACUAGCACUUCAUUAAAUCAGACCCCUUACAUGGCGCGUUUGGAUCAGCAAUUAUUAACUGUGUACAAAUUAGUUUAAUUGUAUAGAUGUCCAGAUAUGACUAAAGAUAAAUGCUUUAGUGAAAAAUGGGUAUAUUGGCAGAUAGUUGAGCAAAUUACUUGACAUUAAAGUGUACCAUAAUAUCUUCACAUUCCAUGACCUCUGCCCUCCACAAAUGCCCCAGUGGAUCUGAACACUUAGAAUGCACUCCGCGGCUUCCAUCUGAAGGAAACGAGAUAAGAGGAAAUGAGAAGAGAGAUGCUCAACUCCAUUCUCAGGGAAUCACUUAAAGAAAAAAAAGAAAAAAACUGAAAAAAGUAGCAUAAGCAUAUAAGAUAUUGUAAAUAUGAAAGUGUCAAUUCAAAAAUUGUAAAUUUCUAAUUAUUUAUGACAACUGUAUGUUUUUUUUUUUUUGUUUUUUGUUUUUUUCUUCUUUUCGGAUACUUGAAUUUGUUGGGCUGGGAAUGUGACAACCGUAAGAAAAGAAACUUCAAAAACAUUUCUCAGGUGCUCCUGUGUACAUUUCUGAUUUACUUUUUUUUUAAAAAAUUUUAUAUAUACUUUUUUUAGUUUUUUUGCAAGAGGAAGCAUGUAAAGAUUGAAGUAGAGGACAAAUGUUUAUGAACACAGACUAUGCAGAACCACUUCUCGAAUUUGCCCUCUUUCCUCGAUCUUCCUCUGUCUUUUGCCCUUGUGGGUGUUCCUUGUUUGGCUCGGGGGUGGAGGUGCUCUCCCUAAAUUCAACAGUUUGUAUCUGUAAGUAAUCUGCACGAGCUGCAAGUAUGGAUGGACUUUGCCUUUGAUCUAUAUAUGACUAUUUACUUUAAAGCCUUAUAGUCUUUUCUGAAAGCACUGCAUGUGUUUCAGGACAUUGUGUUGCCAGUGUCAAUGGAGUACAGCACAGAAAAAUGGACCUACACCUUCAGAUGGCCCAAAUAAGGAAGAAGGGCAUCUGCUACUGUUUUCCUUUGUGAUGACAUGGUCAACACACUUUAGUGUCGUGAUAUCCUGCACUGGGGCUUAUUAAGGGCAAUAAGGCCUGUCCGUUUAGGUUGUGAUUUACCAUUGCCUAAUUAAGACACUGUUGUUUCAUUAAUGGCUAAAUUUAAGAGAUUUCUAAAUAUUGAUGUUAUGGUUGGUCAAUUUUAUUUAAAUGGUUUGCUGGUUUCCAUUUUGGUUAGCUUUGUUUAAAAAAAAAAAAAGUUCAUAUUAAUUGCCUCAACUGGCAUCCUCAAAGUGUUAGUCAAAUUAUGCAGCCUUAGUUCCUUAACCUCCUCAGUCAGGGAGAUCAAUGGAAGAACCAAAAAAGUUCACAGAUUAGGGAAAUUGUGCUUUUUUUUUCUUUUCCUGCAGGAUGAUCAUAGUGCUGCCUGUUCGAUAAAAAUUAAAUAAAAAAAGACAGGAAAAAAAAAAAAAGUAUUUUCUGUAUCUAACUAGUUGGUCCAAUGGCAUUACAAAAAGUGAAAAACCUCCUCUGGCUUUUUAUUUCUCUCUCUCUCCCAUACUCUUUAAGUGUCUGUAUGUGUUAACUGUACCAGUGUUUUGAUCUGUCCCUAGAGUUUAGAAGGAAAAAAUAAUAAUCGCUGGUAGAGAUUGUUCACUAGUUCAUCUACUGUUUAAUUUUGUUUCGUUUUAAUUUAAGGGAAGUGUUUGUCGCCUCUGUGCUACUGAAUUAUAAAAAGGUAUCCAGUAUUUGUUGCCACAAAAGUAUAGUUCAUCAACACUUUUCAUUUGUGCAACCUCUUGAGCUAAUGUCUAUAAACAAAAUUUAUUACUAUUUAUGUAAUGCUACUACCAUUUUAUAUGAUUUGUGUUGAAUUUCAGUGCUUUUCUAUAAAUAAAGUGUGAAACACGUAG